GUAGUGUCCCCGACGCUGGAAGGCACAGCUGGCGAGUGGUCCUCGGCUGGGGCUAUGGAGGGGCCCCUGGGGGAUGAGUUUUAGAUGAGAAUAUUGCACCCCACGUUGCUGCCGGUUUAGUGAAGACGUUGCAGGGGGAACCGGGGCAGCACCAUGGCUGGGCUCAUCAAGAAGCAGAUUCUGAAACAUCUAUCCAGAUUCACCAAGAACCUGUCCCCUGACAAGAUCAAUCUGAGCACUCUGAAAGGGGAAGGCCAGCUGACCAACUUGGAACUGGAUGAGGAGGUGCUUCAGAACAUGCUGGACCUGCCAACCUGGCUAGCAAUCAACAAAGUCUUCUGCAACAAGGCUGCCAUUAGGAUCCCAUGGACAAAGCUGAAAACGCAUCCUAUAAGCCUGUCCCUGGACAAAGUCAUAAUGGAGAUGAGCACCUGCGAGGAGCCACGGAGCUGCAAUGGUCCCUCCCCUCUUGUAACAGCGUCGGGACAAAGUGAGUAUGGCUUUGCUGAGAAAGUAGUGGAAGGAAUCUCCCUUUCUGUAAAUUCCAUUAUAAUCCGUAUCCGUGCGAAGGCGUUCAACGCUUCCUUCGAACUCUCCCAGUUAAGAAUAUACAGCGUGAAUCCCAGCUGGCAGCAUGGAGACCUGAGAUUCACUCGGAUACAGGAUCCCCAGCGAGGAGAGGUCUUGACAUUUAAAGAGAUAAAUUGGCAGAUGAUCAGGAUCGAAGCGGAUGCCAUUCAGAGCUGUGACCAUGAGAUCAUGAGCGCCCCUGUCCGAUUAAUCACGAAUCAGUCCAAAAUUAGAAUCACGCUGAAAAGAAGGUUAAAAGACUGCAACGUUGUGGCUUCCAAGCUGAUUUUUAUGCUGGACGACCUAUUGUGGGUUCUGACCGACUCACAGCUCAAGGCCAUGGUUCAAUAUGCCAAGUCGCUAAGUGAAGCCAUUGAGAAGUCCACAGAGCAGAGGAAGAGUAUGGCCUCCGAGACCACGCAGAGCCCCACGCCGCCUGUCAGUUCCCAACAAGUAAAAAACCCACAAACGUCCACCACCCCAGAGCAGAACAACGCCAUCCUAAAGCUUUUCAGGGACUUUGACGUUAAAGAGACCUCAUACCAUUUGGUCAUCUCUCACUUGGAUCUACACAUCUGUGAUGAUAUUCACUCUAAGGAAAAAGCCUUUGUGAGGCGGGUAACUGGAGGGGCCAUGCAGUUGUCUUUCAGCCAGCUGACUGUCGACUACUAUCCCUACCACAGAGAAGGAGAUGGCUGCAGUCACUGGAUGCACUAUGGUGAUGCAACAAAAACAAGAUGCUCUUGGGCACAGGAAUUGUUGCAUGAAUUCAACAGCAAUAUUGAGAUGCUUAGGCAAGCCGUCAAGGAUCAUAACCCCAGCUCUCCAAUCAGAACUGUGCCAAAUGCAUCCCAGCAGUAUGGGCAAACUGGUUUUGAUCAGAAUGUAAAACGAUCCUCACCGACAGCAUUUGGGGAGCCGCCCAAAUCCAACCCGUUGUCCAGUUCUUUUGUUGUCAGACUUGCUGAUUUUAAUAUUUUUCAGGUCUCAACAGCGGAUCAGUGUCGCUCUUCCCCUAAAACAAUGAUUUCUUGCAAUAAGAAGAGCCUGUAUCUCCCACAGGAAAUGUCUGCAAUUCAUAUUGAAUUCACUGAAUAUUAUUUCCCUGAUGGGAAGAACUUCCCAAUUCCAAGCCCCAACCUCUAUGUACAGCUGAACGCACUGCAGUUUACCCUGGAUGAGAAGAGUGUCCUGUGGCUCAAUCAGUUUGUAUUGGACCUGAGGCAAAGCCUUGAUCAAUUUGUGGCCAUGUACAAGCUAAGCGACAACUCCAAGUCGGACGAGCAUGUUGACAUCAGAGUCGAUGGGCUGAUGCUGAAGUUUAUUAUACCCUCCCAAAAGAAGCAAGACUGCCACCCUGAUCAGCCAGCGGGUAUCAGUAUUCAGACGUCCGAAAUGAUCGGCAGCAACACAAGACAGACUGCAAACUGCCGCCGGUCCGAUCUGGAAGCCAUCUUUCAGGACUUCAAAGACUAUGAUUUCUACUCUAAGAACUUCACCUCUUUCCCUCGUUCCCACGACCACUUCGACAUCCUGCACCCCAUUUUUCAGAGACACGCCUUUGAGCAAGACACUAAAAUGCACGACAUUUAUAAGGGACUGGUGGCGCCAACGCUGGACACCAAUGCACUAAGUACCUCUGCUGCUAGAGACAUCUGGGCCAUACAUUUCACACAGUUCUGGGUUGACUAUGAAGGGAUUAAAAGUGGGAAGGGGCGACCGGUGGUCUUCAUUGACUCGUUUCCUUUUUCCAUUUGGAUCUGCCAACCUCGACGUUUCCUGCAGUCUCAGAAACGGACUCUUUGCGAUGGUGAUCCCUUGCAAAGCAUUUCCAAAAGCGAAUCAACAGACUUCGUAGGCCGCCUGCAAAGGAAAAAACUGUUGAAACAAUAUUACAGCACUGAACUGGGAGGCUCGAAUACCCCUUUACAGAAGUCCCAGUCCCUCGACAGCAGUUUGGCCAACCCCCCCACCUGCAAACAGACCGACGCGGACAUCCACGUACUUGCUCAUGUGCAGAAACACGUUAGCUUACAGAUCAACCACUACCAGUAUAUUUUCUUGCUCUUGCUCCAAGAAUCCAUCAAGCAGAUCUUGGAGAACGUCAAGAAGGAUGUAGAAGAAGUGACCGGCAAGCCAGACGAUGAGAACAAGAUCUCUGUAGGCUUGCUGCUCAAGAGUGCUGAUGUUUCUUUAUUGCUGCUUCCAUUGCCAGAAGAUAAUUCCAAGUCACCACUUCCAUGCGAAGGUAGCCCUGUCACUGACCAUAAACUCCCGUCACCUUCAGAGGGCGUCACAGGGGACCUCAUAAUCAACAACAACGUUGAUUUGAUUAACAAGGCCAUCUUCGAAAGCGAUCUGAAAGGGGAUCCUCAAAAGAUUGUAGCGACUGACCCCUUGCUGUCUAAAUCUUCCAGCGACACAGAGCUUUUGAAAAGGUCUCCUCCCUACUUGGACUCUACAGCAGAUAAAGACUUGCUGGAAGCUGAACUUGCCUUCGGCCAGCAGAUUGAUAGAAAUAACCUUAAAGAGGAUCCUGGUGCAAAUAUAGACAUUAGCUCUUCCUUUCUUAUCCACCCUCUUAACAAUCACAUUAACAGCAAUGGUCCUGAUCAUGCACUUGCAGAAGAUCAGUUUGCUAGUCCUCUUCUGCCAGAGGUAGAAAAGAAACAACUGGUGGACACAAGCGGAAUCCCCAAGGAGCGCUGCCUGCCCAAUCUCUCGGUUUCUUACAAGAACAUGAAGAGAAGUCCUUCCCAGUUCUCCCUGGACAAUAUUUCCAUUGACAGCAACCUGCUGGAUGAACAAAUGAUAGAGAGCGAUGGGAGCGACCAUCUGGAAGUGGGAAUGGAGGACUUUUCUUCCCUGAAUUAUCCAUGUACAGCAGAGACUUCCAGCGUGGAACUGAGAAAUGAGGAAUAUUGUGUGUCUUCCCCAGACGCCAUCAGCGCAGAGACAUCACAAGACUCCAGACAAGACCUGAUGUCCGUAUUGGUUUUGAAAGUAGUUGGUAUCAACUGUGGAAUUGAUAUCAAAGGGGAAGAUGCCACCAUCUGCCUGCAGAUUAACCGGGUGGUACCGAACCAGCUGGGCAAUGUCAGCGUUUGGCAGUACCUCAACAGCCGCAACACAGGUUCAGAUCAGAAAUCCACCACUGAUGAAAGAAAGUCCUCCCCAGAGAUCAGCCUGAGGCUGGAGAUCGGCCCAAGUGCUAGAAGGCACUCCCCGCUUGCUGCCGAAAAUGGCUUCCUGCAGUGUAAUGUAUCCAACUUUAGCUCCGAGUUCCUCACGUCCACUCUGGCCAAUAUCCACCACUUUGUAGAAGAAGAUUCCGUCCCAGAAAUUAUGCCAAUGAAAAUCCAGGUUCAGAAUGCCAGAAUACACCUACAGGACGAUAGCCCCCGUAAUAACAACACUGAUCCGGACCCUGAACCUGUGGUUCUGAAUAUUGAAAACCUUUUUGUAGAGAGACGUGAUGACGGGUCAUUUUGGAUCAGAGGUUCUCCAGACACAAGCCUGAACAGCCCUUGGAAUCACAAGGAAACCAGUAGCAUUCUUCAGCUCGAUUGCAGCAAAUCCCACAGCACAAACAGCAAAAGCAAAACUUCCAAAUUCACUCAGACAAUCUCAGAGCACACCAGCCUUCCCGAGAUCCCAGAUGUUAUCAACAACCAGGCCUGGAAAGCAGCCGGCAUCAGCAAAGAACAGCUCGUAGAAGAAAAUGAGUGUCUUAAACAAGAACUGGCCAAAACAAAAAUGGCUCUUGCAGAGUCUCACAUGGAGCGGGACAGACUGCUGCACCAGUUAAAGAGGGUACACAUCGAGAAAUAACAUUGUAUUCCUAUGGGAUGUUGCACUGAACUAUACAAAAAGGGUUGCAGAGGCCUAAUGUGGUCUCCACUGAGAUAUCCGGCGUAUUGGCGUCAACACUAAACCACAUGGAGAUCAACUGAACACCACCACAAGGAGAUAAAACGGAAGAAAUUAAUAUAUUUUAAAAAAAAGUUUUCCAGCUCUCACUUUCUAUAGCAAUCAUGCAGUACCACUAAAUGUAAUUACUAGACCUAAAAAUGAUUUAUAAAAAAAAGUGUUCCUUUGGGGGUUUUAGGGAAUCACUUAAUUAUUUAAGGAAAGUGUUCCAUGGAAUAUUGUGAAAUAUCAUGGGGGAGGGAAUGGUUUUAAUAUUUGUUUGAGAAUUAUUUUAAGAAAUUUUAUUUGCACUCAAUAAAAUAUUACAAUAUGAA